AUGACUCUCGGGAGUUCCGAAGCCUUCCUUCCAUCGUAUCAAAUAUCGCCGCGUCAACAUCAGAUCCCCGAUGACAUCGAUCUGGAGGGCGGGACCUUGAUUAGUGUGGAGGAGGUAGGGUAUAAUUGAGUUGCUAAGAUCACAUUAAACCUUUUCGUUCACUCCUUUAUACUCCUUUAAGUAACUUACUCCAUUCAUUGGACUUCCCUUGAGGGCUUCUUCCCAAGCGAAAUUCCAAAACUUUUCGGGAAGACAAAAGAGACGAUAGUAUCAGAAAAUAGGGCAUUUUGAAUUGCACUUUCGAGUUGAGGAAUGCCAAAUCUGAUUAGAAGAGUCUAUUUAAGUGGCCCUCAACUUUUACUUUAACUAAAUGUCUGACUUGCAGUUCGAAGAGGUUGACCCGGUGGACAAAUGCAAAGUUUAUGUGACCAGAUACAACGUGCAGUCAGCGGACGGAACAGAAGAGAGUACGUUCACAAAGAAGAGGAAGAUACGAGUAAAUUGUACGGAGAGUGUGCAACGGAUCGAAUAUUCGAAAGGAAAGGAAUCCAAAUUCGAGGAGGAGACCUUGGUUUACAAUCCGAUCGAAGCCCUGGGAGCGAGGAAUGAGCCCAAUGAUCUCAGACUUAUCAACAGCUAUGGAAACAAGGCAAAUAUAUAAUGUUAUUAAUGUAAUCACCUGACUUUCAGGACAACUUCAAUCAAGUCUUUAUGCAGACUCAAGACCAGUUGAUGCAACUGAUCCAACAGAAAAAGAAUAAUUAUGUCGACGCGUUCCCCGAACUCUUCGCGAAUCUCCGAUCUCAGCCCGCCGUUCUUGGAGACAGUCCCUCUACUUAUCAAGAAGUGGUUGUGAAUCCAGAUGGAUCCACCACUGUGAGAACGAAGUCGUCAAAAGCAUUUUCCUCACAUUACACCAGACAAGAAACCUAUCUAAAUGGGGUCAAACAGGAUACCAAGUGCAAGUUCAGAGCGUUUAUGGAAUAUUCAGGACCUGAGGGUGGAUUUAAGAUCAAAGUGAAAGACAAUCCGGAUGAUGAUUUAUCCGAGGAUGAAGGCGAAACUGAUUCUUUAUCAUUGAUCAGCAGACUGAGCAGAUCAUGGUUGGUUUAUUGAUUCUUUAGGUCACUGCAGAGGACAAUAAGAGUAAUUGUAAUCUUUUUAAGUCUCUCUGAUAUCCACGAUUCUCUAUCAGAAGUCCCGGAUGAUCGCUCCGCUCUUGUUGUUCAUGACAAACAUGCCCCCUCCAUUAAGCGAGAACCCCUCAAGCGACAUGAAAAAGCUUGGCAUGCGGUAAAUGAACUGGUGGAGAGUGAGAAUAGAUACGUUCAGAAGUUAUAUCUACUUGAGAGGGUAGGUAAACCUCUUCUUUUGUUCAAUUUUUAUAGUUUCGGGAAGAGAUGGAGGCGGAAAAGUUGUUGGAUAAACGUCAGAUGGCUAUGUUGUUUGCGAAUACAUCGAGUUUAUAUCGGUUUCACAAUGACCAUCUGCUUCCUCAACUCAUGGACAGACGGAGGGAAUGGGCGAAUACAAAAAAGUGAGUAUAAUAUCACCAGGAUAACACAAUAUUUUCUUUUUAAAGAAUCAGCGAUGUCAUCAAAAAACAAGGACCGUUUUUAAAAAUGUACUCGGAGUAUACAAAUAAUUACAAAAACGCCACAAAUGUGUUUGAUGAAACGAUGAAACGAAAAAAGAAAUUCGAAAGUAUCGUCAGAAAACUUGAAGUAAGUUCGGAUUACUGUAGCUUAUUUUAUUUGUUUUCAGAAACUACCCGAAUGUGAGAAUAUGAGUCUGGUCUCGCAUCUGAUCUGUCCCGUUCAACGAGUCAUGCGAUAUCAAUUAUUAUUGAAAGAGUAUCAGAAGUAUUUGGAGUAUUCGGAUCCGGAUUAUGGGGAUACGGAACAAGCUCUGGAACUUGUAGUUGGAGCUGCAUCACAUGCCAAUGAAAUGAUGAGGAAGUUGGAUCGCUAUAGAAAUGUUCUGGAGGUCCAAGAGAUGUUGGGCGGUUCCAUUUCGUUGGUCUCUCCCUCUAGGGAAUUACUCAAACGUUCAAAAUUAAUGAAGAUCUCAUCGUCUACCGGGAAAUGUGAAGAAAGAUUACUGUAUGUCUUCAAUGAUCUCAUACUCUUGACCAGUGAAAGGACCAUCGGCUUAGGGAGCAAAUUGAAGUUAAGGGCUUUGUUUGAUCCGCUGUACACUCAGGCAAGUAUAAAAAUAAAUUAAUUCUGACAUUAUUGUAGCAAUAUGUAGUAUACUUUUGGUUUUCAGAUCUGUGAAGGGGAUAAUCUGGAGAGAGAACAUUCCUUUUAUCUGAGGGGUUCCGAUCAUGCUGGUGGGCCGUCCAGAUGCGUCGAAUUGUUCUGUAAUACUCAAAACGACAAGGCCAGUCUUAUUGACACCAUCUGGGCGGUCAUAAGUGAUAGUCAUCAGCGGAGAAACUCAUUUAAAAGAUCGGUGACUCCGCCUGUAUUAGCAGCAUUAACGGAUGAUAAAAAGAGUUGUGCCAAGUGUGACGAAGAGUUCCCGUGGUAUGCCCGGCAGGGGGUUCAAUGUGGUCAAUGUCAUCGGAAGUACUGUAAAAAAUGUUUUAAUCCGAAUGGGAAGAAAGCAAGGAUAUGUGAUCAAUGCGGAAGCGUAAACGAAGAGGUGAGAUACCAAGAAGACUGUUAGCUAUAGUGAAUAAUUAAUAAUACUUUAUUUCUUUCAGAUCGAGAAUACCAACAAAUAUGUGACCCCCAGCAGACAGAAUGUGCUGGAUGUCCCUGCUAUGGGUAACGAUGACAUUAUCAAACAAUCCAAAGUCAAAUUAAAGUCUAGUACAGGGAAGAUUUUGGAACGAUAUUUUGUACUUCGAAAGAAUUUCUGUCUCUUCUCUUACAACUCGCAAAAAGUAAUAUUUUUCGCCUUUUUGUUGGCCCUAAUUUGAACAGUACAGUAUUGAUCAAUUCUUUCGUCUUCAGGAUUCAUGUGCAUUAUGUAUGCUCCCAAUUCCUGGAUGUGACGUGGCCCCAGACAAUGAACAUCGAGCCUUGGUCAUAAGACAUUUGAAGAGGGCCUAUACUAUCAUACUGGACAACGACACUGAUCAUGCCGAAUGGAUGGCCGCCCUGGUCUUAUCGUCCAAUGCAAGAAUCCCAGGAGUCGACGAAAAAUAA